CGCCGCUUCUGUUGUUGUGGGACUGCUAGGCGCGGGAGGCGUCGGUGGAGGCUCGCGGCCGCAGCUUCAGCCUGGGAAAACGGGCUCCCUUGGUGCCGCGGGAUCCAGAGCCCCCGCAGCUGUUCUGCGCGUGUGCAGGGCCGCUGCGGGUCGGGGGCCGCUCGGAGGGAAGGGGCUGUCAGGGCGUCGGCCGUCGCGUUCGCAUCCCGACCCUGACCCCUGGCUCCACCUGAGGUCUCUCUUUCCCCUGUUCUGCAGGCUCGCUUCCGGCGUCAUGGCUCAAAGGGCCUUCCCGAAUCCUUAUGCUGAUUAUAACAAAUCCCUGGCCGAAGGCUACUUUGAUUCUACUGGGAGGCUGACUCCUGAGUUCUCACAGCGUUUGACCAAUAAGAUCCGAGAGCUCGUUCAGCAAAUGGAGAGAGGCCUGAAGUCGGCAGACCCUCGAGAUGGCACAGGUUACACCGGCUGGGCAGGCAUUGCUGUGCUUUACCUACAUCUCUAUGAUGUGUUUGGGGAUCCUGCCUACCUGCAGAUGGCACACGGCUAUGUAAAGCAAAGUCUGAACUGUUUGAGCAAGCGUUCCAUCACCUUCCUGUGUGGGGAUGCAGGCCCCCUGGCCGUGGCUGCUGUGCUGUAUCACAGGAUGAACAAUGAAAAGCAGGCAGAAGACUGCAUCACACGGCUCAUACACCUAAAUAAGAUUGAUCCCCAUGCACCAAAUGAAAUGCUCUAUGGCCGCAUAGGCUACGUCUAUGCUCUUCUUUUCGUCAAUAAGAACUUUGGAGAGGAGAAGGUUCCACAAAGCCAUAUUCAGCAGAUUUGUGAAACAGUUCUAAACUCUGGAGAAAACCUAGCUAGAAAGAGAAACUUCACAGCCAAGUCCCCCCUGAUGUAUGAGUGGUACCAGGAAUAUUACGUGGGGGCUGCUCAUGGCCUCGCAGGAAUCUAUUACUACCUGAUGCAGCCCAGCCUUCAAGUGAGCCAAGGGAAGUUACACAGUUUGGUGAAGCCCAGUGUAGACUUUGUCUGCCAGCUUAAAUUCCCUUCUGGCAAUUACCCUCCGUGUUUGGAUGACACCAGAGACCUGCUUGUGCACUGGUGCCACGGUGCCCCUGGCGUUAUCUACAUGCUUAUCCAGGCAUACAAGGUAUUCAAAGAGGAGCAGUACCUGUAUGACGCCUACCGGUGUGCCGACAUGAUCUGGCAGUAUGGUUUGUUGAAGAAGGGCUAUGGGUUGUGCCAUGGCACUGCAGGCAACGCCUAUGCCUUCCUGGCACUCUACAAUCUCACUCAGGACGUCAAGUAUCUGUACAGGGCCUGCAAGUUUGCUGAAUGGUGCUUAGAUUAUGGAGAGCAUGGAUGCAGGACACCAGACACCCCCUUCUCCCUCUUCGAAGGAAUGGCUGGAACAAUAUAUUUCUUGGCUGACCUGUUAGUCCCCACGAAGGCCAGGUUCCCUGCAUUUGAACUCUAAAAGGAAAGCAUGCCCCUGCAGCUUACAGCACAUCCUUUUCUGUGUAUUCAAACCUGGGCUAAGUGCUUCCCUUGAUUUUCAAGGAAACAUGAAAUGAAACUGUAUACUUGAUGUAGUUGGUUUUUUAUUUCCAUAAUUUGCCUUUGUGGUUCAGCUCCUUUUAUGAUUUACUCUUAUUUGCAAGUGUGCAUGAAAGCCGUUAAAGUUUCUUGCAAAUGGAAAGAUGAUAAGCACAGUGUUUUGUGGUCAUUUACGUGUAUUUUUCAGGCUUGGAGGAAAUCUUAUUCUUGCUUAAGUUAAUGAAUAUAAUGAUGUGUUACUCUUCUUUAAAAAAAUGUUUAAAGGAAACUAAAGCCAAGUCUAGUGGUGUGUGCCUCUAAUCCCAGCUAUCGAGAAGAUAGGGCAAAAGGAUCACAAGCUCAAGGCCAGCCUGUGCAAUUUACACUCUAUUUCAAAAUAAAAGAGAGGUCUGGGGAUAUAGCUCAGUGGUAGAACACUUUUCUAGUGUUCAAGAAACCCUACAUGGUUAUAGCCCCAAGACACACACACACUUUCCUAAUGUAGGUAGACAGAAAUUUUAUAUAUAGGUAGGCAGGAAUUAUAUAUUGCAUAAUAUAUAAUAUAUAUGAUUUCUGUCUACCUAUUCAUAAUUUUAUAUAUAUGACCAUUAUUGAAUAUUGAUUGCCUUCUGUUUAAUAAUUUUCCUCCAACAGGGAGUAGUUUAUAACUUGGUUUUCUCGAAGUAGUUGAUUAUGAAAGGGGACAAAAAUGUAACUGUAUUCUUCCAGAAGGAAAACUACAAGAGUUUCAAACUAAACUUGGAACCUAAAUACCAUUUUUGAAAUUCCUAGUGCCCGUCUGAACCAGCAGUAAACACACUCUUGAGAGUUUCCCGUUUGUCACUGAGCCACCCAGGCACUUACUCCAGCAUUGUUGUUAAAAACCUUUUAGUGUUACGGUUAUAAUGAGCCUUCUGAUGUGAAAGCCGGUUCACCAGUAACAGUUGAUUCUUUUCUCCGCUGUAUUGUGGAACUGUCUCUUUGUCCUUCAGUAUUCAGAUGAGACCCAGAAGCCGAUUUUCUGUGUGAAUUUGCUGUGAUGAGAAAGCCAGCCCACCUCUCUCAUCUGACCUUUUCAAGUUUGAUUUGUGUUGCAUUUACUGCUUGAGUGUUGAGCAUAUGUUAGCUGUGAGUAGAUAAAUUCCUUCCUGUCAACUGAUUUGGACAUAUUUCAAGUAGUAGUAUAGAGUUCUACUUUACAGGAGGGCGGAAAGGGGAUGGCUGCAUAGCCAGUAGCUCCUAAGAGACUUCUGACAGGAGUUCUGAUCGUUGGAGGCAUUUUCCAACGUUCGUACCUGUAACAGGUGAGUCUUGCACAUUUGAACGGCAAUGGUGCAUCAGUUUCUGAGACCACGGAGUCAGGUGUAUGUUUAGAUGAAGACCCCCAGUGCAUCAGAUUCUGAGCGCUGUUCUGACUCCUCAGCAGCUCUCCUCCCUCCUCCCAUCACUGCCUGUCACAGGCCUAUUUAGACUUUUUGACUGAUUUGGGAACAUUUUGCAGCUUUAAAACAAGUCCAAGAAUUUUAAAUGUGCCUGUUUGUGACUCUCGUGACCAUGCUCUUUCUAUUGAAAAUGAAAUCCCCAUGGGUUGUGUGCUGGUUCCCAUGAGGAGCAAUUCUGUCGUUUUCGUUCUGGCACCAGAACAGCUAAUAUGAUGGAAAUGGAAAUUUUGUGGCUGUUUAAAGACUACCUGCAGUAGGAUCUAAAGAACAGCCCAGUGCUCAGUUCCUAAGAUUCGAUCACUCCCUCCAUGAUGCCUAUAAGCCUGGGACUUGUGCUUCUUCUGAAGUGCUGCUGGCUGGUUGUGUACAGGCUGUGCUUGGUGAAGGCUGUGCAUCCAUGGUGCCAGCAUUUACACUAGUAAGUAAUGCUCAUACACAGCAAAGCAUGCAUUUGGCUAGUGUCAGCCCUAAAAGAAGAAAGCUCAUUUGGUUUAAUGUCUUAUGAUAUCGUACCUAUACUUUGAGCUAUCAUAGGUACUAAAGGAAAAAGUACAAAACACGUUUGCCAAGCCAGAGGAGACUUGAUCACAGUGCUUCUGUGGGUGUCCUGAUUAAUUUACUUCCAGGAAGAACUCAAAACAGCAGGAGUGUUUGGAGUUCACUCUUGUUACUGAACUGCCUUUUAACUCUUGUCA